AUGAAGACUAUGGUCUCUUAUGGUGAGUCUAACUCAAAAUUUUUGGAAACGGUUGGGUGGGGACUAGACAAUGAAAAUCAACCGAUACUAGACAAAUCCAGCUAUGUAUUCAGUGGAAAACUACCGCUGAAAUGUUUGAUGGGGUUCGCAGAGGACUAUAGUAGGGUCAUCUUGAACGUGAAGCAGGAGCUGAUACUCAUCAUAGCACGCUCGUUCAAAAACUCAUAUAUUGGAGAAGUUGAUGCGAAUGUGAAGAUUGAUGAAAUUGAAUGGAGGAUAGGACACAUUAUGCCGUCAGAUAAACAGAGAUUGAAACUAUUGAAUCGUCUGAAUGAAAGUACAACAACCAAGGUUAAAAUAGGGUACAGGAUGUGGGAUUUGUAUGAACUACCAGCCAUUCGUGAAACAUCUUCAGACAUUUGGGCUGUGAAAACUACCAAUAGUCUCGAGCGGCCACGAUAUAUUAUCAUAGGUUUCCAAAACUCUGAUAAUGCAGAUGAUAGAUCUAAGGAUGUCACACAAUUCAUAAAUGCCGGAGUCAACAAUAUUCGACUAUAUUUAAAUUCUGAAGUUUAUCCAUAUGAGCGUUGGAAUUUGGAUUUUGAGAAGAAAUUGGACUCUGUAGCAUAUUAUGCAUAUGAUAAUUUCCAACGUAGUUAUUAUGGUAAAGAUAUGGGUGAACCAAUGAUGAGUAUUGGGGAAUUCAGAAAGAACCCGUUGUUUAUCAUAGACUGUAGCCACCAACCGGAUGCCAUGAAAUCCUCAACUGUUGAUAUCAAGUUGGAGUUCGAGACUCGCAAAGUGAAAUUUCCUUCAAAUACCAAGGUAUAUGCAUUAAUUCUUCAUGAUGCAUACCUGACAUAUAGCGCAUUGGAUGGUUCCGUACAUUUAGGUACUCCAUAA